AUGAAAAUCUCAUUAAUUUUCGUUAGUAUUUUAUUGAUAAUUAGUUACGUACACAGUAGUUCUGCAAUUUCAUGUACAUUAGAACAAGAAGGUGAACUAUUGACAAAUCCAGAUGAUAACAAUUCAUUUUAUCAAUGUACAAAUGGAAAUAUGGUUUUUCAAAAGUGUCCAUCAACUCUUGUUUGGGUUCAGUAUUAUAAACGAUGUGAUUGGAAAGAACCAGAAGGUAUCGUAUAG